CAGGCGGUGAAAUAAAUGCGGUAGGCACGGUUUUCGCAAACCGCCCGACAGCCGACAGGAAAAAAGGUGUUGUUAUUCUGGCACGGUACAGCUUGUUCAGUUCGGUUGAGUGUGUUAAGUGUUUGAUAAUUCGAGGUGUAUGUUAUAAAUUACGCCAGGAAAUCGGUUGAAGUGAUUGAUUCUACAUAUCGAUUGCUGCCAGUCGGAGAGAAACCCGGGGAAAACGGUGGUUGCCAAGCUACCAAACACCAGACGGAUAGUCCCGCUCUUGGAGGCUUUUUCUCGAAAUCUGUGCAACAACAUGGCCGCUUGGAGAGCUGCUGGAUUGAAUUACAUCAACUUCUCCAACAUUGCCGCCCGAAUGGUGCGAAAAGCGUUGAAGCCAGCAUUCCGGGCAGAUGCCGCUCGACGGGAGGAAUCGCACAUCAAAAUGACCAAGUGGAAGGAUGGAAAGUCGGAGAAGUCGGCUACGGAGGCGUAGGGAGGAGCCAUCGUGGGGAUAGAUAAACAUGCUUGUUAAAUAAAUUUGAGAAAAUAUUUGAGUUA